AUGUUAAUGGUAAAUACAAGUCGAAUUCAUGAUUCAUUAUAUGAUAUUUUUAAUCAAAAUUUUUCAAUAGCGGCAACAGGUGAUAUGAGAAAGAUAUUUUCAAAAGUUGCCAUUGGCCCAAAAACAAUUGAUGUUACUGUUCAUAUUAAAAGAAGUGAAUUUAAAGAUAUACCAGCACCUUUCCUUAGUCGUUUUCAAAGAUAUUCAUUAAGUGUCAAUGAUUUCUAUCGUAUUCGCUUACAUAAACUUACUGGUAAUGAACAGUUGAUUGUAAGAAAUGUCGAAGAGAAUGUUUUAUCAUUUAUUGAACAGUUCAGGCGACAAUAUUUUUAUGGUAUCAAUAAAAGUACUCUUUAUUCAUGUCUGCUAUCAUUAAUUAAAGUAAAUGAAAACGAAGAACAUUCUUUAUUAAAUGUGAAUCAACACAUUAUACACAAUUAA